AUAUAAGUAACAACAAGGAAACUGAGAACAUCAACAUACAUAAUGAACUACAGUGGCAUGACAAAUUUAUAGGAAUUAUUUAGAACAAACAUACUACAAAACUAUUAAAGGUUGGUUCUCAUCAAGAAAGUGAAAAGGACCAAGUGUGGUGGCUUAUACCUAUAAUCUCAACACUUUGGGAGGCCUAGGCAGGAGGAUUGCUUGAGCUGAGGAGUUCAAGACCAGCCUGGGCAACAUAGCAAGACCUUGUCUCUACUAAAAAUUAAAAAAUAGCCAGGUACGGCAGUGUGUGCCUGUAGUCUCAGCUAGCCACUCAGGAGGCUGAGGUGGGAGGAUUGCUUGAGCUUGGGAGGUCAAGGAUGCAGGGAGCCAUGAUUGUGCCACUGUACUCUAGCCUGGGUGACAGAGUGAGACCAAGAAAGGAAUGAAGGGAAGGGAAGGGAAGGAAAGGGAAAGAAAAGGAAGGGAAAAAAGAAGGGAAGGAAGAAAAAAGACAACCCACAAACUUGUAGAAAAUAUUUGCAAACCACACAUCUGUUAAGGGACUUGUAUCUAGAAUAUGUAAACAACUCUUAUAACUCAAUAAAAUAAAGAUAAAUAACCCAAUUUUAAAAUAGGCAAUAGAUUCAAAUAAAUAUUUCUUCAGAGAAGAUAUACAGAUGAAUGAUAAGCACAUGAAAACAUGCUCAUCAUUAGUCAAUGAAGAAAUGCAAAUCAAAGAGAUAAAACUUCAUACUCAUUGGAUGGCUAUACUCAAAAAGAUAGACAAUAUCAAGUGUUGGAAAGGAUGUAGAGGCAUUGGAUCCCUCAUACAUUGUUGGUGAGAAUGAAAAAUGGUGUAGUAACUUUGGAAAACAGUUUGGCAGUUCCUCAAAAUGUUAAAAAUGAAGUUUCCAUAUGGCCCAGCAGUUCUACUUCUAGGUAUCCACCCAAGAGAAAUGAGAAUAUAUAUCCAUGCAAAAGCUUGCACAUGAAUGUUCCUAGCAACGUUAUUCAUAAUAACCAAAAAGUGGAAACCACCCAAAUGUCCAUCAACUGGUGAAUGGAAAAAUAAAAUGUGGUAUAUCUAAACUAUUGAAUAUUAUUCAGCAACAAAAAGCCAUAAAGUACUGAAAUAUGCUACGACAGGGAUCCCCAACCAGUCUGUGGCCUGUUAGGAAAUGGGACACAUAGCAGAAGAUGAGUGGCGGGCAAGUAAGUGAAUGUUCAUCUGUAUUCACAGCCACUCCCCAUGGCUCUCAUUACCACCUGAACUCCACCUCCUGUCAGAUCAGCCACAGCAGUAGAUUCUCAUAGAAGUAUGAACCCUAUUGUGAACUGUACAUCUGAGGGAUCUUGGUUGCAUGCUGUUUAUGAGAAUCUAAUGCCUGAUUAUCUGUCACUGUCUCCCAUCACCCCCAGAUGGGGCCACCUAGUAGCAGGCAACUGAGCUCAAGGCUCCCACUGAUUCUACAUUGUGGUGAGUUGUAUAAUUAUUUCAUUAUAUAUUACAAUGUAAUAAUAAUGCAAAUAAAGUGCAAAAUAAAUGUAAUGCACUUGAAUCAUCCCAAAACCACCACCCCAUCAUCCGUGGAAAAUUUGUCUUCCAUGAAACUGGUCCCUAGUGCCGAAAAGUUUGGAGACUGCUGUGCUACAACAUGGAUGAACCUAAAAACCACAAUGCAGCCGGGAGGAGUGGCACAUGCUCAUAGUCCCAGUUACUCCAGAGGCUGAGGCGGGAGGAUUGCUGGGCAACAUAGCCACCCCAACUCCAAAAACCAAAAAAAAACAAAGCCCAAACCAUUAUGCUAAGUGAAAGCAGUCAGUCGAAAAAGAUUACAUAUUGUAUAACCUCACUUAUAUAAAACGUCCAGAACAGGCAAACCUAUAGAGUUGAAAAGUAAAUUUGUAUUUGCUAAGGGCUGGGGGCAGGGAAGUUUGGGGGAGAAUGAAUGACUGCUCAUGGGUACGGGGUUUCUUUGAGGGAUGAUAAAAUUGUUCAAAAAUUAGAUUAUGAUGACGAUUGCAGAAUUCCUUAAACACACUUAAAACCAUUGAAUUGCACACUUAUUGAGCUUUAAGGUAGGUAAUUAUAUCUCAAUAAAACUUUUGUUAAAGUCAGUUCUGCCCUCAUUGGGAUUUGAACCCUCAGGCCUCAUCACCGUCACUCUCUUUCUUGGGGAUUCUUUGUAAGGACAGCCCUAUCUGUAUGUAGCUUCCAACUCGGAGAUGCUGUUCCAUACCACCAAAUAAGAAAGGAAAGAAGAUCUCAAAAUCCCCCAGCCCCAGCAUCUGUAAAGUAGAAAUUCUCCACCCUGGCUGUGCCUCGGGAUAGCGUGAGUCACUUUUUAGAAACUCCGAUUGGCUGGAGGCACAGGGAGCGCCGGCCCAAGCAGCUUAUCCAACGGCCAGGCCAGGACCGCGUCCCGGGAGCCCCCGCCCAGGCCUGUUCGACCCCUCCCAGCCUCGGUUCGCCGGGGCUGACCCGUCACCUGCCCCGCUCCGCGAGGCCAGGGAAGAAGCGUGGACGCCGCAGGAGCCGGGCUCCAUCUGAUCGUCACCCACAGCAAUGCGAAGCCUGGUCUUCCUGUCACCCCGCAGCACGGCUGCAGCAACCCAGUUCUCCCACACCCGGCCCAGCUUAUGGAAGAGGUCACAGGGAUCCUGCAGCCUUCAGAAGCUCAGAUUUAAGAAGUCUCUGCAGGAUACGGAGCAGGCAGCAGGUGUUGUCAGCGCACGAAAUAUAGAGUGGUUCCCGGGUCAUGAUGGGGUGUGGAGGUGGGGGAUGGGGGAAGAUGGUCCAGAAAAAGAGGGUGAAUUAAAGAGAGGGGCAGAUUUGGAGAAGUCUUUGGAGAGGAUCACUGGCCAAGUGGAAGAGGAGGAUGAAGAGCUCCCUGGGUGUGCUGCUGACCAAGGCAGACCUGGAGGAAGAGUCAAAGCAACAGUCGGCAAUCGGGGAAUUUAUGAAGACAUUGAAGGAAGGAGUUGACACGCGGAUUCAAUCAGAAAUUUCAAAGAGAGUAGAGUGAAAAGAAGGGUUUGGUGAAAAGAUUCAGGCAUUCCUGGUGGAGGUGACAUAGUGGAGCAGGACAUCUACCAGGAGUCCCGGGGCUAUGGUCCAUGAGCUUGGCCCUGGCGGAGUGAGGCCAGUGCAGCCUGGCUCCGCUGCAGGGGGUGCCAAGACCAGUCUGCCCUCUCUGGAACAAAAGUGACCUCAUUUCUCAGGUAUUGCUGGAGACUGCCGGCCAAUUGCCAAUUUUGGCUCUCCUCCACUCAGUGAAGAAGUGUUUGUCUUUGCAAAUACAGGAAGCGCUCUUUUUUGUUUUCUCCUUGUGCCUUUGAGGCUUUGCUGUCCAGGAGUGGUUUCUGGGGAGGGCCACCCCAUCCAAUGUCCCCACCUUUUUUGACCUGUGGGUGCUUUAUUUGGGAUGGUGAGAGCUCUCAUUUGUCCUGGGGGCAGUUCUCAGCUUAUAGGCCACUGAGGUCUUCAUAUACAACAGGGCCUUUUCCUUUUGUGAUUGGGCAGUCCCACCAACUGUAAAAUCAGAAUCAUCAGGAGGUAGAGCCCAAUCAGGAGAGAUAGGAAUGAAUGGCUCAGAACCAGUGUUUGGCACACAUGUAGGACAAGCAUUCUUCAUUGUGACUUAUUUUCUAAACAGCUGUCCGGAUUGUUGUCUCACAGGUUUUGGCAUUAUCUGACCCCCACAUCCCCAAUUCUGUCCUGCUACAGGCCAUAAGAUUUCAGGGGGACCAUUCCCAGGGUGGGACCUGUGAUUGAUACAUGAACUUCCUUGUCCCCCACAAAUCUCCACAGGGUUCGAACCCAGUGUUGAAUGAGUCUCUGUUUGAAAUUAUGUUAGAACCACCACUUGGGAAGGGCAGAGAGCAGACAGCCUCAACAGUGGUGGAGCCAACAAUGAACUUCUCAGGAGUGACCUGUGCUUCCUUCAAGGCUGUUUCUGUUAAGUGUAUCCUUCUAAGACCUGCAUUUCUUUCAAGACUGAUCCUGUCCAUUUUGUAGCCCAUUUUUCUUCAUUAACAAUAAAACCAAUUUUGAGC